GUUUUAGUACGACAAACUGCAAGCGCCAUAUGCGCUUACAGACCGCACAAUUGUUCUCAAGGAAGCAUGCGCACAGUGCAUCUUAUAACUCUAAUCUCUUAUUGCCAAUCGAGGAGCACAGAGUCAGUUAGGCGAGCCUCCAUUUCGAACACGUUCGUAGGCGGUCAUGUACUAACGGCAGUUUACUGCCAGGGAGACAUAUCUCAUGAAAAGCUUUUAGAUUAAGCUAGUUGGCUGGUAGUGGGGGGUCAGCGCCCUUACUCUGGCGAAUAUGAGUCGCCUGGCCAGCCUCCUCGUGGCUGCCUUUUUAUUAUUUCCAGAUGCUGCCUUCAGUCUGAAUACAAUUAGCGGCGUCGCGGACGUGAUGGCGGCGCUCUACGUCGAUGAAAGGAAGCCUGGCUGCAGUGGUUUUCACCUCAAAAAGGACUACAUUUACAUAACGCCUACCGAUACUGGAGCUUCAAACUCCUCGGCCUGGCAGGAGAUAGCUGCCGGCCCAGGGCUAGCCGAGAAGUACCAGAUUUCUACUGGCGACAAGGUUAGGGUGCGCUUCAAGGCUAGCAACAGCACCAACACCAGCAGUGGCGUCCCUAGUUCAUCUCACCGGCGCCUGCUAAGCGACCCUGCCGCUACGCUGUCGCCUCCCACCUCCGACGGUGAAACCAUGGAUAUGAUUGACGGCAUCGAUGUAUUGGUCCCCAGUGAGCCGCAUGAGAUAUUCACGGGGGACAAGAUCCGCAUCAAGAGCAUGAUCUACCUGAUCUCCACCUGCGGGUGGCCAGCAGCAGCUACCGUAGAGGACGUCCAGAACGCCUAUUUCUACAACAACCUCAGCAUCAAGGGCUAUCACGAUUCAUGCUCGUACGGCAAGUUUACGUUCGACCCGGCGGACAACUUUGUGGUGGGACCCGUGGAGGUGCCCUGCACUGGAACUGUUGAUAGCGGUUGGCUGACGUUUCCGUACGACUCAUCUGUGAACUGCGGAGCCGCGGAGCAGUACGCGUGGAGGCUGGCUGGGGAGGCAGCAGCUCGAGCGGCUGGUUACGGAGACUUUAUGGAUAACCCGGACAACAAUCGUCGUCGCGUCAUCCACAUCCUGCCCGCUAAUGUCAAAUGUCCCUGGGCGGGGCUGGCCUCAGUGGGCUGCGGAGGCGCCAGCUGCAGCGCCUACAUCAAGGGCAACUACGCCACCAACCUGCCCAUCAACAUGCACGAGAUCAGCCACACGCAUGGGCUAAGCCACGCGGGCAAGGGCCUGGAUGAGUACGGCGAUACAUCGGACGUGAUGGGUACGGCAUCUGGCAACGGCUAUCUGUGCAUGAACCCAGGCAACCAGAUGCGAGUCGGUUGGAACUACCCCAUUGCUGCGUUGCAACCGUACACAACGAACAAUGCUGGUAACGGCGGCGGCGGUUUGGGUACCGGAAGCAUCUGGGUCAUCCCUCCGGAAUCCGCAACCGACACUAACCACGUCUUCCUCAACUACUCCAUCAAUGGUGUCCCUUUUCCCAACUACCUGAUCAGCUUCCGGACACGUACGUCAACGUUUGACAACAUUCUGCCAUCUACAUUGAACAACAAGGUUUUCAUCCACAACUUCAACGGUACGACAUCCGAGCGGGACUGGAACCGUUCCAUGCUGAUUACCACCCUCGGCAGGAGCGGCGUCUUCACAAGCCCCUUUGUAGACAUGGGCAACGACAAGUUCUCUGGUGGCGGAGUGCGCAUCCGAGUUGUCUCCAUCACCGCCGGCGUCAGUGCCACUGUGCAGAUCUGCCGGUUCACGGUGCUGGAGGAGUCGGGCGGCGACAUGUGCGCGGACGGCAUUGACAACGACUGUGACGGUUUAAUUGAUGCAGAUGAUCCGGAUUGCGGCCUCAUCCCUUCACCACCGCUACCCCCUCCCGACCUACCAGACCUGCCCCCCAGUCCUCCUCCUCCCAGCCCACCGCCCCCCCGUCCUCCCCCGCCCCGCCCGCCACCGCCAA